CUUUUAUAUAAACAUAUAUAUGUGUACAUAUAUCCUUUGCAAUAAAAUGGAAUGCCAAAGCAUGAGUAGUAUAAAACACGAGCUCUAAUUCUGCGCCUAAAAUGCAAUGAACCGCAUGAAUUUUCUAUUAGUACACUUGUAAAUUUUACAUGUUACAUAUUUUCUAAAAAAUUUAUUUUAUAAAGACACAUAUAUCUAUAUAUGUUCUGGAAUUUAUCCACAAUUUACUUUUUCAUCAUAUUUCUACUGACUAUUACAACUUACUCAUCAUCUAGUUCACCGUUAACCUCCAACGAUCAUGUGACACCAAGAGAUCCUUACGAAUUUGAUCAGACAACAAAUAAAGAUGUCCUGUUAUCAUCAUCACUGGUCGAUAGAUUACCAACAUCCAUUGACGAAUUCACCUCUUCCUCCUCGUCGUCAUCCUCAUCACCAUCUGGUCCGCGUCGAUUACCAUUCAUGCCAACAUCACCCAUCGAUGACUUCACUACAUCAUCUAUAAUACCAAAUGAAGAAGAGACAAUUCGUUUACAAUUUGCAUUAGCCUUACAAAUCGAUGCAGAAUUGAAUAAAGCAGUUGAAUUGAAAAAUGCCGCCAAUGAAUCCAUUGAACAAGCGAAUUUAUUCAAUAAAGCCGCUAGUGAAGCUGAGCAUCGUGCACAAAUUGCUGGACACAUGUUGAAUUCAUUGAAACAAUUGUUACGUAAUAAAAAUAUCAUUGAUCAGCAUUCUAUGAAGAUGAAUGAUGAGAAAGUGAUGAAGAAACGUGAACUGAUCAAAGUACCAAUUAUAAAUUAUGAUUAUUUACUUGAUGAAACUAUUGGCAACCGAAUCAAUACUGAUGAUGAUCGUGAUGAACGAAGACAUCGUACACAACAAUCAGAUCAUCAUGACGGUGAACGUACUCAUCAUAGACAGAAACGAUCCAAUCAUUUCAUGAUACCGGAAUUAUUGAACAAAGAAUUACACAUGAAACAUUUAUAUGAUUAUGCUGAUGAUAAUCAACCUAUCGGUGCUGAUGACGACGAGGCUACUGACGCCGAUGUCGAUGAAGAUAGGAAUAUUCAAAAAUUAAGUAAAACGGAACAAUUAACUUUAGAAAAAUUACGUUUAUUAAUUUUACGACAAUUGAUAAAACAACAAAGACAAGCAGAAUAUGAACGAAAUGAAGAACAAUCCGCCAUUCCUUCUCACCAUCCUCAACCUCUCCGUCAUCAUCUACGUGAUAACGAUGCAGAUGAAAGUCAAUAUGAUCAUCCAUGGAUCGAUAAACCUUUGUAUGACCAAUUACAAACUUUCAGAGAAUUACACAGACAACAUACUGAUGAUGACGUCGAUGACGUCGAAGGUGAGGACGGUGACCGUGAUAUUAUUUAUAAUGAUGAUGAAGAAGAUGAAAUCAAUAAUGAAUUGGAAAAGAGUACUCAUGGAAUAAAACAUUAUUUAACCAAAAAAGCACCUUAUUUCGAUGGAUUAGCUGAUGAAGAUUCUAUCGUAUUUAAAUGAAUUUAUCGCAAAACAGAUUAACUCUCUCUCUUUAUAUAUAGAAAGAAUGGAGAGAAAAAUAAAAGUACACUGAUAUCAUGUUUUACUUAUGAUUUAUGCCAACAAAAAUAUUGAAAUUAUUUGAAUAUUUGAAAAAAUAAAAAAUAAAAAAA